AUUGUUAUGGAAUGCAGACGAAGUGAGGUUGCAAAUUGUGAAGGGUCUUUCAAAAUAAAGAAGCUUUGGUGACAAAUGUGGCAUCACUGUAAUGGAGGACUUUGCAGUAUUAUGUUCCUUUUGAAUUUUAUGAGAACUCUCUUUUUUUUAUAUCAUGUCCCCCCGGUGUCUUGUAGAAAUACCGGGUAGUAAGGUUCGUCUACGUUGCACCAUUGUUCGGACUUUUCUCGGACUUCGUUUGUUGGGAUGCUCUGUGUUGCACCGUUCUUUUCUCUAAAUCCUAUUGUCUUUUUCUUUGUGUUUGAAUUGAAUUGUUAAACAUGGAACUGCGUCGUAUCUCAUCUGUUUUAUCUUAUUAUACUCCGUAGUUGAAACUCUAUGACUUUAGUUUUCGCCGUUCCCAAACGACGCCUUCCGAUUUCCAAGACAGUAUUUUUAAUUUUCUCUCCCUCUCUCGUCAUCUUAGGGUUUCCUCCUCUGGCAGAUUCGCUUGAUCGGAAAUGGCUGAUUCUCCACGCAGAAGGUAAAUCUGUAAUUUUUUUUCUAUUCGUUUUUCUUGAGGCUACAUGUAUGGAUUGCAAUAACUACUUGUGGCGAUGGUAUUGAAAUUUCUACCUAGGGUUUUGUUUUCGCUGUUGGAUCGUCCUUUGUAAUUGAAGAGUUUAAAUAAAUGUUAUGACACGAGGAUUGCACAUUUGAGUUUUUUCUAGACUGAUUACGAAGAUUUUCAUGUUCAUGGAUUUUAACGCGUCUUUGUGAUAGGAUUGUUGUGAGAUUUUACAAGUCAUGUGGGGAUUGUUUAUCAACUUUGAGUAAUAAUUAUCAUUUAGCCUGAGUUAGGUAUCUUCAAUAAAUUAUUUUUCUUUUAUUGGUAAGUAGAAGAUUGAAUUAACAAAAUAUGCAGCUCAGAUGCUCUUUUGAGAUGUUAUCGUGUUCUUUGAUUUACUUGAAUUGUUCAUAUUGUUUACAAUAAAUGGCUUGUAUUGACAGUAUUGAUUACUCCGUUGUGAGAUCUUUCUCUGGCAGGUAUUCACGAUCUCCUUCUCCAAUAGGAGAUACGUCUCGCUCUAUAUCAAGAUCAAGGUCUCGCUCUAGAUCAUGGUCAAGGAAACGGGGGCGCUCUAGAAGUCGUGACAGGACUGUCCCUUCUAAUCCAGGGGACACCCUCUAUGUGACUGGUUUGUCUUCUAGAGUUACAGAAAAGGACCUUCAAGAACAUUUCUCCCAGGAGGGAAAGGUAAAAUCAGUAUUUUUAGUAGUGGAGCCACGAUCUCGUAUCUCCCGUGGUUUUGCUUUUGUGACAAUGGAAAGUGCUGAUGAUGCAAGUCAAUGUGUCAAACAUCUCAAUCAGUCAGUUCUUGAAGGCCGAUACGUAACUGUGGAGAAGUCCAGAAGGAAACGUCCAAGGACCCCGACACCUGGACACUAUCUUGGACUCAAGAGUACCAGGGGCGAGAGUUAUCGUGGUGGUGACCGUAGAUGGAACCGUGGCUACAGUGACUAUGGCUAUCGAAGGUCACCGCCAAGACGUUCACCACCAUACCGUGGUAGCAGGGAUUAUUCUCCCAGGCAGUUUUCACCACCACCAUAUCGAGGUGGAAGGGAUUAUUCCCCUAGGCGUUCACCAUAUGAGACAAGGUCAAGAAGGGACCGGUCCAGGUCAUAUUCUCCUUAUCAACGUCACAGUCCCGAAAGGAGCUACGCUCGUGGUGGUGGCAGAUAAGACCUCUCUCCCCAUUGGUAUGCUCUCUUUGUCUGUUUGUGUGCGUGUUGUGAAAUCGGAAGGACUUUCCCUAGCUGAGGUAGUAGAUGCUUAAUAUGUUACUCAAUUCGCGUGUGAUUUUAUUAAAUGUCAACCACUUGUACCCCGUAAAAUUGUGGAUUAUGUAGGGAGGGGAGUACCAAUAUCCACCUAGAAUUUAUGAUGACUUGUUUCUUUUGAUUGAGGGGAGUUUAGUCCCCAAACUUAAACUUGGGUUGAUGAAUGGUUUAUAUCUCUUGUGUUGUGUCAUAAUGCUCCUUCCAAUUCUUUUUUUCUUAUUUUUGAUAUGUACGGGAGCCACAUCUUGU